ACUAUCCCCACACCGUCUCCUCCCUCACCAAUCUCCGACCAAUACAAUAUUCCUUAUUUCCAUCACGCAAUUUACAAUCUCCCUGAGGUUUCCUCAGAGGACGCAGCCAACAAAAUACAGAAGAGAUCGAAAUAGGAAGGACAAAUUAAGAACCGAUGGCUUCGUCACUAAUUCCAUCUUCCAAGAUGAUGGCCUGGGCACUUCUUCUCUCCCUCUCCGUCCUCCACUUCCUCCCCUCUGCCUCAGCGGGGGUAAUUUGCGAGGAUUUGCCGCAAGACCUGUGUGCGUUUGCGAUCUCGUCGGCGUCAAAGAGAUGCGUGCUGGAGAGCACCCCACGAAGCUGGGGACCCACCGAGUACCAAUGCCGGACGUCGGACGUGGUGGUGGACCAGAUGUCGGACUGGAUCGAGACGGACGAGUGCGUGAGGGCCUGCGGCGUGGACCGCAACUCGGUGGGGAUCUCGUCCGACUCUCUUCUGGAGCCGCAGUUCACCGAGAAGCUGUGCUCUCCGGCGUGCCACCAGAACUGCCCCAACAUCGUCGACCUUUUUUUCAACCUCGCCGCCGGAGAAGGUGUGUUCCUGCCAGAGCUGUGCGAGGCGCGGCAUGUGAAUCCUCAUCGGGCGAUGGUGGAGUUUCUCAGUUCUGGGGCUGCACCCGGCCCUGUCGCCGGUGGAGUCGUGAGUAAAUUGGAUGCGGCAGCUGCGCCUGCCCCCAUGGCUUUUCCCCCUGCUUCAGACUAAAAUAUUUCCCCUUAUUUGUUCUAGAUACAACGAUGGUUCUUUGCUCAGCAGAAAAAAGGUGAAAAAAGGGAAGGGGUGGGAUUAAUUCUUACGUUCUCGAUAUGUAUACCUGAGGUAGUCUACAUUUUUUGAGAAAUAAUUAGCAUAUCAGAGGGUGGAAUUACGUGGAUAUUUGUAUUUGAAUUUGUUGGUGAUAGUAAUAAGCAUAUAGUUACAUUCUUUACGUAUUGGGAUCCUACUAUGUAUGGUAUGAUACCGUAUUGAGUCACCUCAAUUACAGCUUAUAUAUGUAGUUACAUU